GAAGUUAGUGUGGCGUUCGUCGUUCGGAGAAUCGCGACGGUCCGAAUCCGCAGCAUCAUCAUCGUCGUGAUCAGUAGCACACGAUCUCUCAUCGUGGUGUUUUCCUUCUUCUUGUUGUCAACGAGAUGCCAACGGCUGCGUUCGACUACGCACAAUAAAAAAUAAAUAAAACGAGACACACCUGAUUAAACGUUAUCUACAGUUUUCUUGCAGAUAUCAUCAUGAAGAUACGUUUCUUCCUUACUCUACUUGUUGUUUUCUUCGAUAAAACCGUCUUGGGAUCGUUUAAUAUUACAGAGAAUGAAGUAGAUUCGUAUGGUAGUAAUAAAUAUACACCGAAAUUACCAGCUUCACAUAUAAAAGAUGAAGUCGAUAUAUUAAAAUUAAUAAAUGUAACAUCGAAAGAUCAAGGAGUUUCUUUAGUUGAAGGACCAAUAAAAAAUUUUAACGCGUACAAAUUUCGACUUCCUUACGGAAAUGUACCAUUAGCUAAUUCAUCUAACGUUACGAAAGCUUUAUCAAGUUCAACAGGAUUUACAGUAAUUUUCCUUUAUCGCCAGCAAAAGAAUAAUUUGGGCACUUUAAUAUCGGUUAAUUCCCCCGGGAGAAUUAUCCCUUGGUUCCAAUUGUCUUCCAAUAUGAAAACGGGAACCCUCAGUCUUAAAUACAAAGUAAAUUUGGGAGAUAAAUUACGUCAAAUCGAUUGGAUAUUGCCCGUUCAUCACAGGAAAGCUCCAAUGGCAGCUUGGAUUUGGUUGUCAGUGAGCGUCGAUUUUUCAACCGGAACUAUCCGUCUUGAUUUGGAUUGUCAACCGAGUCGUUUCGAAUCGCUUACAAGAGCUGAUGGUGCUAAAAUUACACUUCCCGAUGACGCUAUCGUUUAUUUUCGACAAGAACCAGGAAGGAAAAAGAAGUUUUUGGGGUCGAUGCAGGUAGCCAAAAUUCUUCCUUAUGUAAGCAAAGAAAGGAUGUGGUCUUGUAUGAGGAUAACUGAAUCGGCUUCCAGACAACACAGGAAACCACUUUUGUUGUGAAUCUUGGAAACAUACGAAUAUUAAGAGUGAUAUUUAACGAUUUAAUAACCCUAGAACGAAAGAGUUAUUUUCAGUGAUAUUAUUGACCUUGUAAGAGCGAUUUUACUUAAUUAAAUUGUGUUAGAAAUCAUAAAAAAAUAAUAAAUACAUCUACAAAAUUUAAAAA